AUGGCGGGGCACGGGAGGCGGAGGGGGGAGGAGGAGGAGGGGAUCCGGAAGGGGUGGAUGGGGAUUAGGGUGGGCGGGGAGGGGGAGCAGCCGCAGCGGUUCGUGGUGCCGGUGGAGUACCUGAGCCACCCGCUCUUCGUGCGGCUACUCAAGGAGGCCGAGGAGGAGUACGGCUUCGACCACCAGGGGGCGAUCACCAUCCCCUGCCACGUCAAGUACUUCCGCCGCAUCCAGAGCAUCAUCGACCGCGACUGCAACCAGGUUGCCGCCACCGUCAAUUACCACCACCACUUUCACCUUUGCUUCAGGGCUUGA